AUGUAUUGCUGGAUAAGUCAAGCAAAGAUGGACGACUGGAGCAUCGAUGGUCAAAAGGAUGUACUUGGAGGAAAGUCGAGGACCUUGGAUGAGAUGAUGGAUUCCUUGCCAAGUGGAUCAGCUGCAUUCUGUGCAACUAAAUUUCUGGAAAAAGAUAUAGAUCAAGGGAUGCGGAUAGUACCAUGCACGUUAUCGGGACAACGUAAGAAAGAACAGAAGUCGAUCCGGAAAACAAUGCUGAAAACAAAGUUGAGGAAUGGAAAGGAGUUGUCAAAUGCUGUGUUCCUGAAGAAAGUAACCUUCGAUGUAGAGAGAUUUGCCGCUGACGAAUGUGAUGAUGCAAAGGAACGCGGUGAGGCUAGAGCUCGAUUAGCCAUGAAACUAGGGGCGCGACCACCAAAAAAUAAUUAUUUCAAUUACAAGCAACUCAAGGAAGAAUUAAAUGUGAAAAAGAAUUUAGAAGUCGGACUUGAUAAGCUUUCAGCUUUGAAAGCUUUAAAGAAAUUGGCAGUGAAAAAGAAAAUGAAAAAGAGAAAUAACAUGUGGAAGGAAAGUAGUAAAUCUUCGGAAAGCAAAAGUAAUGGCGAAAAAGCAAGUGAUGAACGCAAAAGUGGCGAUGUUGUUGAAAGAAGUGAUGAAGAUUCGCGUUCAAGAUCUCCAUCGGAGGCAUCUAGAUCUCGUUCACGUGAUCGCAGACAAUCGAGUUCAUGCUCUCGUAGUCGUUCGAAAAGUCGUUUAAGAUCAAGUCGUCGUUCGCGAUCUCCACGAUAUCGCCGCAGUAGUUAUGAUGAUCGCAGAUACACAUUUUCUCGACGAGAUGAGCCAGAACCGUCUCGAUGUCUCGGCGUUUUUGGCUUGUCUCUUUACACAACAGAACGUGACCUCAAAGAAUUAUUCUCGCAGUAUGGAGAUUUGGAUAACGUUCAAUUGGUGUUUGACCAUCCAACCGGACGUUCGCGGGGUUUCGGUUUUGUAUAUUUUAAAAAAAUCGAAGAUGCCAUAGAAGCGAAGGAGCGAGUGGCAGGCACAGAAAUUGACGGCCACAAAAUUCGAAUUGAUUAUUCGAUAACAAAACGACCUCAUACACCGACACCUGGCAUAUAUAUGGGAGCUGUAGAUUCCCGUCGACGGGGACCACCGCGAUCAUAUCGUCGGAGUCCUUCUCCAUAUCGUAGUUACAGACGAUAUCGAGAUAGCCCACCAAACAGAUAUUACAGAGGAUAUGAUUACGACGAUUAUGAUCGUUAUUCGCCACCAUAUCGGGACCGUUAUAGACAUAGUCCAUCCCCUCGUUACUACGAUGAUCGCCAUCGGAGGCGUUCUCGAUCUUACGACCGUGACAGGGACUAUUAUUAA